AUGACACGAGCCCAUCCCAGCGAUGCCGGCGAUAACGUUACUACUGGGACAGCAGACAACAUCAGCGGCCUCAAUGGCUUCGGUGAGAUCGAGGGUGAGUUCGACCAGCGACAUCAUCCGAUCUCAAACAAAAUUCCACCAUUGGCAAGAUCUGUGGGCUUGGACAAGCUGAAACGAAACCUGAAGACCAUCGGGAUAAACGCGGCAUUCAAAAUCUGCCGUAUCGGAAUCAAGGUAGUGCUCUCAUCCAAGGAGGACUAUCAGAAAACCAAACAGCAUCUGGACAAUAGCAAAGCCGAAUGUUUCACCUUCGACAUUCCGUCGGAGAAACCAUUCAAGGCGGUAAUCCGAGGACUGCCUAUCAUGGACAUUGAGGAAAUCAAAUCGGAUCUGGAACUUCGAUACAAGCUGGAGCCACUAGCGAUUUUCCCAAUGACUCGACACAACAGCGUUAUGGAAUAUCGCGACUGCCUGUACCUAGUACACUUCCGCAAGAGAACCAUCUUGCUAGAUGCACUGAAGGUAGCAAGAUUAAUCCAGGAUGUUAUCGUCUCAUGGAAAGGUUACCGUGGAACAAACAACGAUGUUACGCAGUACAUGCGCUGCUUGAACUUCGGACACGGAACUCGAAACUGUCGUCUACGGCCAAGGCACAGAGAACAGACAUACAAGUCCGUUCUCAAUCGUGUGUAA